CCAAAUUGGAACAAUCAAAAUGCUACAUAGUAAAAGCCAAUAUCAAAUUCAGUGUGUCUGUGUUGCAGAUCCCUGAUAGUGGAGCAUAGAGUGAUCGGAUAACAUGAAUUGAUACAUUAUGUCGGAGCACAAAAAAGUUAACGCAAGAUAAAAAGGAUAUGAUAAAGAUAAGAUAAAGAAGAAAAUGAUAAAAUCAAAACGGUAAAAAUAUUAUAUAUAAAUUAAAAGGAUAGAAGGAUAAAGAACAUGGAGUAUAAGAAAGAUAAAGAACAUAAAAAUAUAAAAGAAAAAAAAGUUGAAAAGAGAUCAUUUCACUCUCCACUUUGCUCUCCAUAGCCUUCCUCACAUCUAGCCCAAGAAGAAACAUAUCACUCAUGAUUCCUUUUAUCCAUGUCAGUUUAGAUCUUCCCCUCCAUCUCCUCACAUCUUCUCCACAUCUCUCUACUUGUCUAACUGGUAAAUUACUCGAUCUUCUACGCACAUGACAAAACCACCACGGUCGAGACUCCUGCAACUUAUCUUCUAUAGGUGUUACUUCCACUUGUUUGUCUGAUAGAAUUUAUCCAUAAGUCUAGUCGGCAUACCUCUAUCACAUAAAAUUCUGGACGCACUCUUUUAUUUCAUGGGAUGAUUCUAUGGGAUACAUCCAAGGUUGUUAAACCCGAGAUUGUAGCUCAAAUUAGAAGCAGCUAAAAGAUCGUAACUCGAGUAUCAUAACUAUACAUGUCACAAUGUCGCAUAGUCGCCGAAUAGGCAUCCUAGCGAUGGAGAAGGGUCGACUUUGAUAGGGUUAGAAUCUCUAGCACUCACACACACAAAUCUGAAAAAUAGUAGAAAGAAAGAAAACGAGAAGAACGGCACAAGAAUUUAACGUGGUUACUGACCUAAUCCACGGGGGCAUCUAGAGUUUCUGUCUUAUUGAGGUGAUGAAAAAUACAGUCAGAUCGUUUACAAGUACAUGAGGCAAUAUAUAUAGGCAAAUAUUUAGGGUGAACUUUUAAUUAAACUCUGGGCUGCACAUCUAGCUAUGGCUAGCUGCACUUCUAUCUAGGGCCGGCUGCUGCUCACUGCUUAUUUGGCCCCCAGAUCUUAAUGGGCCGGAGCCUACACCCCAACAAUCUCUCAUUUGGAGGCUUCGAAACAUGAUCAGCUGCACUCCACUUCACUCUUUUGUACUUCUGUAAACACCAUACCUUCUCAAGCUCCACCUAGUUGCCCCUGCCUUCUCAACAUUAUUCUUGAAGGCGAGUUGAAGCCAUGCAAAGCUUCAACUUCUCAGUUGUCACCACCUUAGUAAACAUAUCAGCAGGAUUCUUUGUACCAAGAAUCUUCGUCAGUAGCAACUAUCCAUCUUUCGUCAGUAGCAACUCUCCAUCAUUUAUCAACUCCGUGAUAAAAUGAUACUUCAUCUUGAUGUGCUUAGUUCUACUGUGAAACGCCGGAUUCUUUGCAAUAUGAAUUGCACUCUGUUUGUCACAAUACAGAACACUAUCUUUCUGUUCAAAGCCCAACUCUGAUAGGAAAUUCUUCAACCAUAUAAGCUCUUUGCUUGCUUCUGCAAUUGCCAUAUAUUCUGGCUCUGUGGUUGAGAGAGUAACACUACUCUGAAGCCUGGACAUCCAACUAAUAACAGUUCCUCCCAUUGUGAAUACAUAACCAGUAGUGCUCUUACCAGGCCUGAAAUUCCUCAUCAUUUCCUUGCAAGGUGAUGCAUGAAAUGACGCACCUGAUCCAUGAUCCAUGAUUCAAUAGGACUGUCAACAAAGCAAAUUUACACAGCAAACUAAUGCAUCAUCUGAGCUUUCAGCAGCAACGUUUGCAUCCUGUCCACCUUUCUUAUUGCCUGCCGGACACUAAUUUCUAAAGUGACCAGUUUCUUUCCAAUUCCAGCACGUGAUGUCCUUCCGUCUUUGACUGCCCUCUUUUUCUAGAUUUCGAUCUACCUCUCCCUUUACUAUGCCCUUUCUCCGUUUUCCUGCUCCUGCCUUCAGUGCUUAACAAAGAACUGGAAGAUUCCCCUGAACUUCUCCUACGGAUAUCUUCUCCCAGAAUGAGAUCUCGAAUCCCAUUGAACGUAAGCUUAGUAUUUCCCGUUAAACUACUAACUGCUGUGACCGUGUUCCUGGCCAACUCUCAGCCAAUGAAGAUAAUAAUAGCAGCGUUUGUACCUCAUCAUCGAAUGUAAUUUCAACAUAAACUAACCUCGUCAAUAUUGAAUUGAAUUCGUUCACAUGAUCAGUAACUGAGGCUCCUUCCUUCAUCUUCGUAUUCACGAGUUGUCUAAUCAGAAAAACCUUAUUCGAUGCACUAGGUUUUUCAUACAUGUUCGACAACGCUUUGAGUAAUCCGUGAGUUGUUUUUUCAUUGACAAUGUUGUACGCAACGUUCUUUUCCAAUGAUAACCUAACCACACCCAAUGCUUGACGGUCAAGCAAAUCCCAUUCGGCUUGAGGCAUCUCUGUGGGCUUAAUACCAGACAAGGGUUCAUGUAGCUUCUCCUGGUAUAGGUAGUCCUCGAUUUGCAUCUUCCAGAAACCGAAAUCAUGGCCCUCAAACUUGUCUAUUCUGACCUUACCAUCUUCUGCCAUCACUGAACAACAGUUUCGCGGCGGUCGGCGCAGGUGCAGCUUCUGGGGUGGACGGCUAGGGUUUCUGCAGUUAGGGUUUCUGCUAGAGUGUAACCAAACGAGCCUGGUCUCUGAUACCAGUUGAUAGGGUUAGAAUCUCUAUAACACUAACUGAUUUCAGUCCAGAACCUUCAGAACCUCUUCCCAGAAUUUUUUCCCGGAACCUCUUCCCAGAAAUUUUUCCCAUAACCUCUUCCCAGAAUCCCUCUGUUCUCAGAGACUCCAUAAAUUUAUUAGAGCAUUUCAGAAACUUCAGAAGUUCAGAGGCCUAAAGCUUUCAGUUCAUUCUUUUACAGUUUUCGAUCCUUAGAGCUUUCAGCUCUACUGUUAUCACCGACACUUUCAGAUAGUUUCUUUGCGCCGAAACCAAACCCUGAGAUCUGGAGAAGAAAAUCGACGCCCAUACUCCACACGCGCCGCCGGAACUCAAGUCGGAAUUUCACGCGCCGGCACGUGACGCUCACUCUCCGUCCAGAUUCACGAUCGACAACUGCCGACCAGCUGGCCCGCAUAUCGCCUAUCUUCUGCUGUCGCUUUUCUUUGGGAUGCUUAGUAUUCGUCACAGUUCUUCAAUAAGCUGACAUCGGAAAGAAAAAGACGGUACCAGGCAAACUAGCUAAUUUCAGAAAUCUGGGAGCGCAAACUUCUCCCAGCCUUCAACUCUCAGAGUUGAACUAUUUGAAGAGGAUUUUUAUCCUCAGCCAGAUCGCACACACUCUUCUGGUAAGGACUUCUUUACCAAGCCUCUACUUAGUGUGCGAACAUGGAGGAUAAGACAUUAAAAGAAAAGUGAGAUUACAUUCCUUUGUUUUCCUUGUUUUUAAAAAAAAAUUAAAAAAAAAAAGAAAAUGUCUUGUACGAGUGGAUUUGACAGAGGAGUAAUAUGCAAUUAUUGUAAGAAGCCCGGACACUUGAUCAAAGAAUGUAGAAAAUUGCUGUUCAAAAAUCAAGGAAAUCAGCUUGCUCAUGUUGCUUCCGCUACCAGUUCAUCUGAUGGAUCAAUUGCUAUUUCUUCAGACGAGUACACCAAAUUUAUUUGCUACCAAGAAUCUCUAAAACAUUCAUAUGUCCCUAUCUCGGUAGCCGCGAAUUCAGGUAUUUCAAACACAUGUCUUGUUUCAUCAUCCUCAAAAUGGGUCAUUGACUCAGGUGCCACAGAUCAUAUGACCGAUAAUCCUAGUCUAUUCUCAUCAUUUCAUUCAUAUUUACCUACUUCUAGUGUCACUUUAGCUGAUGGAUCUACCUCACCCAUUCUUGGAUCCGGUACUGUUGUUCCAACUUCUACAUUACCAUUAUCACCUAUUUUGAGUCUUCCUAAUUUCACAUUUAAUCUGUUUUCCAUCAGUAAAAUCAUGCGUACUCUUAAUUGUUCUGUAACAUUUUUUCCUGAAUAUUGUGUGUUUCAGGAUCUGUUAACGAAGCAGACUAUUGGUAAAGGACAUGAGUCAGUUAUAGUAUGCGGCUACAAAUCCACUUCUCAUCACAGUAAUAGCAUAAUCCCUUUUCCGACGUGCAGCAACUUCAACACGGGAUAAUUUCGUAAACAUAGGAUUGUAAUUUUUCUUUACGUGUCCCUGCUCAGGUUACACCCUGCUAAAAAAAUUGCAGGCAUACAUGUUGCCUAAAUUGGGAUAAGCCUUCCGGCGGAAAAUCUCAUAAAGUAGCAAGGCGCGCAUCAUUGCCAUAAGGCACUACGCAGUUUUAAAUAUUGGUCUUAAUUACUAAUGAAAGGUCAUAAACUUCAUGGCUGAUAUGUCAACAUCUCCACUUAUUCCUAUUAGUUCCUUAACGCUCUUGUAAUAGCUUUAGAGUUGCCACAAACAUUGCAGGAAGCUCUCUUCUUGUCUUUUCAACAUUUUAUACUAGUACACAAUCUAGCAAGAUCAAGCUCUUCUUAUUAGUCUUUAAAAAAAAUUGAAUCUAUAUAUCGAAUUGUAAGGCUUUUGGAGUCAUGUAGAAGGUUGUCAGAGUAUGGUCAAAGCCAUAUAUACACCUACACAAAUCGUUGUGGAAGACACGAUCUGUGUACCGUUCGUUCCAUACCCAAACACGGUACGAAAUUGAUACGGUCUUUGCAAACGCUCACAAUCCCACUUCAAAACGCUCCAAAACUCUGCGUGAAGCGGUUUGAAUCGUCAUUUCCCGUCACUGCGCAGGUGGAAACAUCGUUUCUCAUCGUUGGCCAGAUUGAAGCGUUGUUUCCCAGACAGGUUGGCGCUUCGUUUCCCGUCAUUGUACUAACAAGCAUACGAAUUUGGACUAGGCUUUGUGAUUUUUGAGCCUACUAACAACAGUGUAUGAGUAUUUGAUACCAAUGAUAGGCACUCAGAUUUCGUAACAGUAGAUCGGUGAGCAUUAUUGAGUUGAAACGCAGAAAAGAAGAAGAAGAAGAUACAGACGCGGGCACUUUGAGAGGCCUCGACUCUCCCAGAUCCUUAAUUCCCAAAUAAAAAUCGGCGCAACCUCCUUUCCCCACUUCCCAAUUCUUAUAAUAAGGCUAUUCUCAAGGGCUGGGCCAAAAUCAUAACAUAAAUGGCCCAACACCCUUAUUUGUACACUAUUACAUUAUUUAUUAUAAUUCUAUUAUUCUGACUAUUAUAGGCUGUCCAUGACCCUAUCAUUUUACUGAAGAAAGCGGCACACCCGUCUUUUAUAGAAGAACUCAAGAAGGCGACACUGAAGAAGGUGUUGCUCUAAUCAUUGCUCAGGAACGAAGGUGUCGCUUGGGGAGUGUUAAGGAUUCGAGAACUAGCUCUUGUCCGGGGGUGCGUUCGAGAUAUUAAUAAGGAAAGAGAAAGAAUCGGCAAAAUUAAAUGAAGCUAUUCUUCUUGUAAAAUUAAUCGGCGUCCGACGAUGUCAAGACACACAAAUUAAUUCUCCAAAACGUACUUUAUUCCAUAGCAAAACCCCCUUUAUAGGAGCCUUAGGAUUACAAAUAGGAAAGGAUACAAGAAUUAGAAACAAUACUAGAAUCAAGGACAUGAGUCAGUUAUAGCAUGCGGCUACAAAUCCACUUCUCAUCACAGUUAUAGCAUAAUCCCUUUUCCGACGCUCAGCAACUUCAACACGGGAUAAUUUCGUAAACAUAGGAUUGUAAUUUUUCUUUACGUUUGCCUGCUCAGGUUACACCCUGCUAAAAAAAUUGCAGGCAUACACAUUAACUAGACCCUCAAGCUCAAAAUCCAGAUAAGUCGUGCAAAAUGACGCCAUUGUUUCCCAAGAAGCUUCUUCUAUGGGCUUCUCAUACCACUAGACCAGCACCUCCAUUACCCCGUGAUUAAGCCAACUACGCAGCACUAUGGAUGGCCUCAAAACCUUUGGGAUAGUAUCUAGUGGUGGCAAGGAACCAGUGGUAUAUGGUACGGGUCCCUUGUGUAGCUUUAGGAGAUACACGUGAAAGACAUUAUGUAUGCGGCUAUAUGUGGGUAACUAUGGAUAACCGCGAUAAGCCAUUGGGUGACCUUCUUGCUGCAACACGGCCCCAUAUGUCACUCCCAAAAGCAUCACAUUCCACAACGGAAGUCUUAGUGAAGUCUAGGAGCUGAAGCACAAAUGUGGUGGACAAACAAAGUUUCAAUGUUGUGAAAGUUGUUUCUGUUGCUGCAUUCAAGGUGAACUAAUUCUUUUUCAACAGUUGGGUUAAGGGUGCCACGAUCUCUCCAUUAUAUGGAGCAAAGCCCACCAAGCUAUUGGAUGCCCAAUAUCAUAUCAAAACUGGACAACGAAAGCACAUAAAAAUCUGUGUGAAAUUGAUCAUGGUUAACAGUGAACAGAUGUACUGAAAGAAGUACUGAAAAUUUAAAAACGGAACAUUUCUCACUUAGAGCAAUUUAAUUCUGAAAUAAUAGCAUGAAUAUUACCUCUAUGUUUUGAAUAGAUAAGAAUCGGACCACAUCUAGAUUUGGAUAAAAUAUGUGUCGGGGAUGGUGUUGAUGAAAUUGUCGAUUUAGCGCUCUUAUAUUCUACUCCUUGACGACGGCGGCGAAUGAGACAAUACCAUCAGCGAUGGGCAUGUCAACAACUUUGAAGGCAACAACAUGAAGAUUAAUACUAACACUAGGAUACAGUCAGGAAGUGGCUAGGGUUUCAAAUUGGUGGUGAGUGCGGUGGCUAGGGUUACAGGUAACAGAUGUGCCACUGGUGGGGUUAUUUUGCUUAAGAGAUGCCUGUGGGCAGUGGCAGGGGGCAGAGUAUGCCACUGAUGGCAGCGGGGGCCUAUGGGAUCACUGGUGGCAGGGGGCAGAGUAUGCCAUUCGAGGUGAACUCAUUCUUUUUCAACAGUUCGGUUAAGGGUGCCACGAUCUCUCCAUUAUAUGGAGCAAAGCCCACCAAGCUAUUGGAUGCCGAAUAUCAUAUCAAAACUGGACAACAAAAGCUCAUAAAUAUCUGCGUGAAAUUAAUCAUGGUUAACAGUGAACAGAUGUCUCGAACAUGUACUAAAGAUGGGUACCUGAUCUCCUUUAACCACCAAAACCAGAAGGCAGGUGCUAGAAUGUUGCUCAAGGGUGUUCAUGAGGACACAACGUUGGUGGAGAAAAUCGUGAGUACUACACAAAUCAAACAGAACUAUCACGGACUGGUCGGAAAAGGUUGCGUCCAGUUGCAUGGUGGAAUCUGACCCGAACCCAAUCAUUGCAUUGAUAGACAGGGAAGGCUCAUUCACGGUUUUUCGAACCUCGUCGAGAACGAGGUCCAUAAUGUUAAUGAAAAAUAAUCUUUCGCGCAUGCGGUUAGAAAUCCACUUCUCAUCACAGUUAUAGCAUAAUCCCUUUUCCGACGUGCAGCAACUUCAACACGGGAUAAUUCUUUAAACAUAGCAUUUUUGUAAUUUUUCUUUACGUGUGCCUGCUCAGGUUACACCCUGCUAAAAAAAUUGCAUGCAUACAUAUUGAUCCGGUCGCGGGUGGGAAGGCUAAACGGUAUGGGUGACGACUAGUCCCAUUCGGUCUUCGCAAACGCUCGCAAUCCCAUUUCAAAAUGCUCCAAAUCUCUGCAUGAAGCGGUUUGAAUCGCCGUUUCACGUCACUGCGCAGGUGGAAACAUCGUUUCCCGUCGUUGGCCAGGUUGAAGCGUUGUUUCCCCAAACAGGUCGGCGCUUCGUUUCCCGUCAUUGUACUAACAAGCAUACGAAUUUUGGACUAGGCUAUACGAUUUCUGAGCCUACUAACAACAGUGUAGUGUAUGAGUAACUGUUAUAAAUUGAGGGAAACAACGGGAAACACUCAGUCUUCUUCUUCUUAGGCCAAACACUGGAUCUUCUUCUACUACUACUAUGCUACAGUCCACUUUUGCGACUUUAUUAGUUUAUUCUAUUCAGUUUAUGGAAUAUUAAUGUUAGGAAUUUCUAGAAUAUUAAUGUUUUUUAUUUUGUUUAAUGUAUUUUUGGUGUAAUUAUUUUGUUUAAUGUUAUGACUCAUGAUUAUCAAAAUCUGUUUUUGUUAAAACUUGUGAAAAAUGAAAUUCAGUUUUAUUAUAGUACCAAAAUAUAAGAUACAACGUACUGAACAUGUGGUACAACGUACCGAACGCGUACUGGAAUGAACCUACCCCCCUCCGAACCGGGUACGCUAGAUCUAGUGAAUCGCGUUUGCGAUCCUCGUUCCCUUACCAAAGCGUUCCACGAACUAUGUGACUAUGGUAGAAGCAGAACCAAUUGAAGAAGAUACUAGUUAGAAGGCAGUGAUAGGACUACAUACGGGGUUACGAGUCUUUUGUAGAGUUACUUUUACUUUAAAAACCUAGUUUACUCCUUAAACUAUCUCUGAACCCUGUAACUAUCUCUGAACCCCGUAAGGCCGUAACUGCCCCUAAGACCUAUAGGGAACAAGCCCAAGAAAUGCUGAUGCCGCUAUUUCGCCGCUGGUGUACCACAUGUAGUGCACAUUAUUUUCGUUACAACCAAUUGCUCCACCCGUGGUGGAUCUAACACCUGUACUUUGGAUGCUUGAAAUAUAUUUAAAAUUAAACUUGAAAAUAAUAAUCAUGUGUAACGUUACAACAAUUCUAAAAUUGUAUCUUAGUCAAUGAAAAACUAAUAUAUUGAGCGAAAUUUAAUAUCUCAACUCAUAGAACUACAAAAAAAAAUAUGAAAAAGAAAGGAAAUUCUAAAAAAAUCAAAGAAACAUCUCUCUCACUGUACAUUUCUCAUAUAAAUGAUAUCAUGAUUAAAUGUUUCUUUUGAAACUUACAUGAGUAAUGAUAUAAUACAUAGAAUGAAUAACUCGAUGCGAGGAUGAGUUUUACUGCCUUCAAAAAAGCACAAGAAAAACAGGUUUUCUGUAUAGUAUAUUAUACUACCGCCAUAACGUAAAGAUAUUCCCAGUUUCUUUUUUUAACCGUAACUAACAAAUCUUUCCAUUUCUAAAACUGCAUAUCAUGCCCUCAAUAAUUUUUAAAAAAAUACACUAUUACACCUACUUUUUGGAUUUAUCCUUCAUUCCAUCACACUGUGUCACUAUCUUCUUCCCAUCAUAUGAGCAAUAAAUUAUAUCUCAUUUCACUAUUCAUAAUCUCACAUACCUUCAAAAGUGGGAAGAUCUCAACGUUACGGAAGUGAUAUUCGUCUUCGUAACAGUUUAUAAUAUCAAAUUAUUGAUUACGAGCAUGAGAUAUCUUUAUUUUGUAAAAAGGGAAAACAUGAAGGCAAUGGAAUUAACCAUCAAGGGGGAUCUUGAAGGUGUGGAAAAUGGUUGUGGAACUGUGGAAGUGUGGAAUUUGAAAUGUUCAAGCAAAGACCCUGACUGUACUGCCUUAGUGGAUGUAUUGAUUUUGAUUAGUUGGAACUUGGAACUUUGCC